AAACACCAACAUGCACACUUGCACAGAUCGGAGUGGAGCACAUUCACUUUCCGAGGACAGAGAGGAGUAAGAGGCACAAGGCUCCUCCCUGAGAGUUUGUGAAAACAUUCCAGCAAAGUGAGAGCGGUCAAAGAAUUGGAAAGCCUCACCGCGGCCUCUUACUUUCUCUCUAUCCCUCUCACCUCUUUGCAUAUGUAGUUCUACAAAGUGUUUAAACAGUAGGUUGUGUGAAGCUCUGAGGACCGUUCUGGGAGGGGAAAUCUGAAGAAGCAUCUAAAAUCGGGACAAACUAAAAAACUGAUCUGACCAUUGAUCUGCUCACAAUGAAGCCGGUGUUUGUUCUCCUUGUUUCCACCGCCUUGAGUUUCACUGGAGCCCAGCAUUACUAUCAGGGGCUAAUGGAUUAUCUGGAGAACAGGUUGUCAGCUAUUGAGGACCGUAUGCAGUUGUGGCACGAACAAUCCCAUCGCUACCACACAGAGAUGCUGGAUUUCAAAAAGCUAACUGCUGAGGCCAUGAAUGGGCUGAGGAAUGAGCACAGCGUGAUGUUCAAAGACCUGGAAGGAGCUGCAGUCCGAGUGGACCGGAUGGAGCGGGAGAUGGAUUACGUGGAAGCUCAGACUUCCCCUCGGGCCUGUGCGAGUAAAGCAGACAAGGUGGUGGAGCAGGGAGCCUGGGGGCUGGAGAGCAGAGGAGAGGAAGAGCAGGAAGAAGACUGGGAGGAGCUGCACUCCAAAGUCUCUGACUGUGUGGAUAUCAUCUCUGGCAUCAGAUCAGUCAAGAUCCUGAAGCGAGUGGGCAGUCCCAAGGGCAUGUGGACCAGAGACCCCAGGUCGUCCAAGGUUUACGUCUUUAACGAGACAUCCGGAGACAGCAUCUACCAGUUCAAUUCUGUACGAGACUUUUCCCGCUCUCCUGGCGUCGCCAGCAGCCGACAGAUCAAGCUUCCAUCUGAGUGGAGCGGUCCUGGCAGCGCUGUCUACGACGGCUAUUUGUACUACAUACAGCAGGAGGCUGAUAUGGACAUGCAGGUGGUUAAAUAUGACCUGCUGAGUGGCUCGGUGACAGACGUUGCCAUGUUCCCCGUGGAGAGCCACGCCACAGUUUACAGCCUCAACCCGGAAACUGUCGCGGACCUUGCAGCGGACGACGAAGGCCUCUGGCUCCUGUACGCCAACAGCGACAGCGAGCCCAACAUCAACCUUGCAAAGAUGGACCCCGCCACGCUCGAUAUAGAACAAAUCUGGGACACCCGGUGCCCACGGGAGAACGCGGAGGCGGCUUUCGUAGUCUGUGGGACCGUCUAUGUCGUUUACAACACCCGGCUGGCCAGCCGAUCUCGUGUCCAGUGCCUGUUUGACGUCAAUGACAUGGUGAUCAGCCAGGAGGCUCCUCUGAUCUACUUUCCCAGGAGGUACGGAGCCCACGCCAGUCUGAAAUACAACCCCGAGGAAAGACAGCUCUACGGCUGGGAUGAUGGCUACCAAAUCAUCUACAGACUGACCAUGAAGAGGAAACUGCUGGUGUGACAGCAGGGAAGAUGUGUCAUGUUGUCAAAAGGCAAUGAUAAAGAACAGAAGCAGCACAUUUACACAUGCUAUGCCAGAAGUCUUUCAGUAGCCUGCAGACUCUUCAUUCACUUUAGAUUGAGUACAGAUCAUCCAUAACAUUACACAUUACACAAACUGUUAUUUAUUCAUUUGAUCUUUUUUCCUUUUGUGUUAUAUACCAUAAAAAACAUGAAAAUGCCACUCGGUUUAUUAGAGGCUGUUGUUCGAGGCUGUUGUUCGACCAUUUGAGUCGAGAUGACGAAAUCUAAGUUCCUUUUUAGUUGUGUUGUCAUCAUACGCUGUCUAUUAUUACCACAAAAGUCACAGCCAUUUUUUGCACGAGUCUUUUAAUCAAAGAAAAGAUAAUCUUAUCACAGAACUGAUAACAUGUCACACCCCAUGGGAGGACAAAACAACAAACUCUUUCCGCUGUUGAUUUUCAGACUUGAAACAAAAGUGUCUGAUAUUUCACUUUAUUACACACUGGGUCACUCAUAUCAAGAGUCUUGAAAAUGAUCUAGGAACUCAUAACAGAUUUUUUUUGAACUAACAACUGUUGAUGUCAAUCACCGGAACAUUUUCUCAAACAUUUCUAUCAUGACGAAUACAAAAUGUUCAAUAGAAAAUUGGAAAUUCAGAGUUAUUGUAACAGUUGGAAGGGAUACAAGAUCAUAUCAAGAAACAUUACAAUAUUAGGCAAAGCUAGAAGGUUUUGAUUUAACAGGUUUCUUCUACUAUGGUAUCACCACACUGUGAGAGAAAUAUAUAUGACCGUUCUAAAGCACAUGUUUUAAACA